AUGGCCGACGUAGCUUUUUCAAUAUGGUGGAGUACAAAAGGAUAUUUGGCUUGUCCCAAUUGUAAUGAGAAUGCAUCAUCACAACGGUUAAGAAGUAAGAUAGGAUACUCUGGUGCUCGUCGAUACUUACCUGAAGACCAUCCUUGGCGAAGAAGUAAGCUGUUUAAUGGUAAGGCAGAUGAUCGAGUAAGACCUUCGGAGUUGUCAGGGGAACAAAUUUUAAAUCAAUUGGAUUCAGGAACAUUUAAACCAUUUGGGAAGCAUCCAAGCAACCAAAAAAGAAAAAGGGAUGAAAAUAUCGUCCUGAAUUGGACAAAGAAAAGCAUAUUUUUCGAAUUGCCUUACUGGAAGACACUCAAGUUACGACAUAACCUCGAUGUUAUGCACAUAGAGAAGAACAUAUGUGAUAAUUUAAUUGGGACUUUGUUGAGCAUUGAUGGAAAGAACAAGGAUACGGAAAAAGCACGCAUGGAUUUAGAGGAUAUGAAAAUUAGGAAGGAUUUGCACUUAAAGAGGCGCACGGAUGGGUCCUUUGAAAAGCCCAUUGCAUUGUUCACAUUGUCCCUAAAGGAAAGACAAGGUUUUUGUGAGUUCUUAAAAUCGAUUAGGUAUCCUGAUGGGUAUGCAGCAAACAUCUCUAUGUGUGUGAGCACAAAGGGCGGCAAGUUAUCCGGUUUGAAAAGCCAUGAUUGCCAUGUCCUUAUACAACGACUUCUUCCUAUUGGAAUGCGUGGGUAUCUUAACAAGGACAUUUCUAUUGCAUUGUUUGAGUUGGGAAAUUACUUUCAACAGUUAUGUUCAAAAACAGUGAGGGUGAAUGAUUUGGAAAAAUUACAAGAGAGCAUAGUACUCAUACUUUGCAAGCUAGAAAAAAUUUUUCCACCUGCAUUCUUUGAUGUGAUGGUUCACUUAGCUAUUCACUUGCCUCGCGAAGCCAUUCUUGGAGGGCCAGUGCAAUAUCGAUGGAUGUACCCUAUCGAAAGAUUACUCGGGAUUUUGAAAGGGUAUGUAGCAAAUCGAGCUCACCCAGAAGGUUCAAUUGCAGAAGCUUACAUUGUCAAAGAAUGCCUAACUUUUUGCUCUAUGUAUCUUGGUGGGAUUGAAACCGUAUUUAACAGAGAGGAAAGAAAUGAAGAUGGUGGUGAUGUUGGCUCAAGGCAUUCAGUUUUUUCACAAAAAGUCCGUACAAUGGUGCUUGAAUGA